CGGCCAUUCAUUGCAUUAUCGUGUAAAUUUUUUUUUUUUAAAGAGAUAAAAGAAAAGAAAAUGAAGACAAGGAUUGGUGGCUUAGAUUCAUGGGCUUGGAGAUUGGGUCUGUUGCUAUAAAGAGACUGAAAUUCCAUCCCUAUACAUCUCGUGGAUGGUCUUCAGUGAUUCAGAGAUUGCAUUUAUCUUCAACAACUCGUAGGUCUGCACUUCCUGUAAAGGAAGAAACAGGAAAGAGCGCACCAUGGCCACUUCUGUAGCUGCUGUUGGUUCCAUCAAUAUGACCCAGACCAUGGCAUUGUCAAGCAGUGGCCAGGUAUCAUGCCCAAAGACUUUGGGUUCAAGUUACUCCUCCUUCUUUGGCUCUAGUGUUAGAAAGUCCUCUUCAAAUCCAAUGAGACAUGGAAAGCCCAAUAACAACUUCAAAGUUUGCGCUGAGAUAGACGAGAAAAAGCAAACUGAUAAGGACAAGUGGAAGGGGCUCGCCUAUGAUAUUUCAGAUGACCAGCAGGAUAUCACUCGAGGAAAGGGACUGGUUGACAGCCUCUUUCAGGCUCCCAUGGGAGAUGGUACCCACCAUGCUGUUUUGAGCUCCUAUGAAUAUCUCAGCACUGCCCAACGCACACUUUUAUGGGACAACACUAAGGAUGGGUAUUACAUUGCUCCUGCUUUCAUGGAUAAGUUGGUUGUUCAUAUUGCCAAGAACUUCAUGAGUUUGCCAACCAUAAAGAUUCCUCUCAUUUUGGGUAUAUGGGGAGGCAAGGGUCAAGGAAAAUCGUUCCAAUGUGAGCUUGUUUUUUCAAAGCUGGGGAUUAAUCCAAUCAUGAUGAGUGCGGGAGAGCUUGAAAGUGGAAACGCGGGAGAGCCUGCAAAGCUAAUUAGGCAAAGAUACCGUGAAGCAGCGGAUAUGAUUAAGAAAGGGAAGAUGUGCGUCCUCUUCAUCAAUGAUCUUGAUGCAGGGGCGGGAAGAAUGGGAGGCACAACUCAGUAUACAGUGAACAAUCAAAUGGUGAAUGCCACACUCAUGAACAUUGCAGAUAAUCCCACUAGCGUUCAGCUACCUGGCAUGUACAACAAGGAAGACAAUCCCCGUGUUCCCAUUGUUGUGACAGGAAAUGACUUUUCAACUCUGUAUGCCCCAUUGAUUCGUGAUGGUCGUAUGGAGAAGUUCUAUUGGGCUCCAACCAGGGAAGACAGAAUUGGAGUCUGCAAUGGAAUUUUCUCCUCAGACAAUGUUUCUGAAGAGGCCGUUGCCACGAUUGUGGAUUCUUUCCCUGGCCAGUCAAUUGAUUUCUUUGGUGCCAUAAGAGCGAGGGUAUAUGAUGAUGAGGUGAGAAAGUGGAUAUCAGAAGUUGGGGUAGAGAGCAUUGGGAAGAAGCUAGUCAACUCAAGGGAUGGUCCUCCAACCUUCCAGAAGCCUACAAUGACACUCGAGAAACUUCUUGAGUAUGGAAACAUGUUAGUUAAAGAGCAAGAGAAUGUGAAACGCGUGCAAUUGGCUGAUAAGUACAUGUCUCAAGCUGCUCUUGGGGACGCUAAUGAGGAUGCCAUUAAAAGUGGUGCCUUCUAUGGUCGGUAAGGCUGCACAGCAAGUGAACUUACCCGUCCCUGAAGGUUGCACAGACCCAAAUGCAGAAAAUUUCGACCCAACAGCAAGAAGUGACAAUGGAACCUGUGUGUACAACUUCCAGGAGUAACAAGAACACGCUUUAGCAUUAAGGAGACUGAGAAGUGCCGAUGAAGUUACUUAUUUACCUGGCAUAGAUAUACUUAAUUGUAAAGCAUUAGAUGCCACUAGUUACCUAAAUGAGGUCCUCAUAUCAGAUAGCAUGUCUAGAAGAGGAGAAUGUAUGUUUGAACUCUUAUUCGACUAGAUGUAUGUUUGAACUCUUAUUCGACUCCAGUUCUUUUAACAAUUUGAAGUUGUGGAUUCAAUGUUUGGGAAGGCGUAAGAUUUAAUGUUAAAGGUCUAGUUUCUGUUA